AUAGUACACAUAUCAUGUCAGUAGUCAGUCAAGUCAGUUGAGAAAGCGAGAAUUGUGCCGUGAGACCGAAAACCUUUGAGGUAUUCUCAACAUGGCGGAAAAUAACAAACCUGAAGAAGAACCCUUCUUCCUCACCCUUGUUCCUCACACCGAUUCCGCAAUCAACAACGACUCAGCCAUGUCUCAACUCAGAGACUCACUCCUCUCUCAACUCACCCAACUCAACCCUUCUCUAACCCCUUCCACCCUAACCGAUCGCUCUUCCUUCAUUCAAUCUCGCCUUCAACAGCUUUUUCAUUCUUUUCGCACCCCCACUCACCCUCCUUACGCCUUGAUGAUUAACAAGGCAAUAACUGAAUUGAAAGACAAAAUAGGCUCGACAGAGGAGGCUAUUUCGGAGUUUGUGAAAAGAGAAUAUGAGGAUUUGCCGUGGGCACAUGGGAAGAUUUUGAGUCUUCAUCUCAAGAGGUUGUGUGAGGCUGGGGAGAUUGUGUGUAAUGAGAAUGGGAGGUAUGUUUUUCCUAUUGGGGGUGUGGAAGAGAAAGAACGGCGUAAGUGUGGUAGGAAGAGGAAGAGAGGGGGUAAUAGAAGGGGUAAUCGUGGAGGAGAUGUAGAGAGAGGGAUGAAUUUGGUUAGUGUUGGGAGUGAUGAGACUUCGACGCCAGUUUGUCAGAGUGAUCAUUAUUCAAUUGGAAAUGUUGAAGAACAGACACAAGUUCAGAUGGUAAAGAAUUUGUCUCCGGCUGAUGGUGAGGAAGAGAAGGAACGUGGUAAGGGUAGUAGGAAGAGGAAGAGGGGCAACACAAGGAGUAGUCGUGGAGACGGAGAGAGUGGGAAUCAAUUGUGUUGGUUAGAUAGUGCUGGGACUGAUGAACCUUCGACACAGGUCAGUGAGAGUGAUCAUUCAAUUGGAAGUGUUGAGGAACAGACACAAAUACAACCUGAAGAGGGAAUUGUAGAACAUACUGAACUGGAAGAGACACAGAUUCAGAUGGUAAGGAGCAAAAUUUGUGCAGAAGGGUCACCAGAGUGCAUAAUAUCUACAGGUCCAGGAAUAGAAUCAUCAUCACCAACACAGGUGCCACAUCAAAUAUCGACCGACAUUGAUAUGGGUAUAACGACUGCACUAGUUUGUGCGAAUGGAGAUGAUGACGAGCGUCCUCAGGACUACAAUGAAGGAAAUACUAAUGGAAACUCUGAUGAGAACCCAAUGUCUGACUCUGAUGGUCUUCAGGAGAUGCAACCAAAGAGAAAGAGAGGAAGGCCUCGUAAGUCAGAAUCUGAUUCAAAUUGCCAAGAGAAACCCUUGCUGCUUAAGCGAGGAGUGACCAAAAACAAGAAGAAGAAGGAACAGAAUGGUCAAACUAGAGGUCGAGGGAGGCCUCGUAAGGUAAAUCAAGAUACUGAACAAUGUGAAGAGGAAUUAAAGGAGUCAGAAGAAAGGAAAGAAGAAGAAAAGUCAAGGAAAAAAGAAGAGAAGUUAAAGAAAAAAGAAGAGAAGUUAGAUCAAGCUAAGUUGUAUGGUGGUGAAAAGAAAUUAAAGAUAAAAGAUCAAGCUAAGUUGCGUGGUCAAGGUCGUGGUCGAGGUCGAGGUCGCGGUCAAGGGAGGCCUAAGGUGUGUGAUGCCAUAGCAGAGGCACCAGCUUCUGAAGAUCAAACUAAGUUGCGUGGCCGUGGUCGAGGUCGCGGUCGUGGUCGCGGUCGAGGGAGGCCUCCUAAGGCCAAGGUGAUACCAUAGCAGAGGAACCAGUUGCUGAAGCCACAACCAUGUGAAGUUCAAGGUAGAGGUGGAUGCAGACCUCUUAAAUCAAAACCAGAUUUAAGUUGCUAUUUAUAUUUGCAUGUAUGAGUAGAAAUUAAAAUACACUUAGAAGUAGUUUGGUAUAUCUGAAAUAGUCAUAAAUUAUACCUGUGCGGUUGCUCUCGAUUCUUAAUUUUAAGUACAUAUAUUUGCUAGAUGUUUUCUGAUAAUUAGUUCAGAUUGUUGGUACUUAAGGAGGAAUUCUAUCAGAUCUUCUUCUGUUGUGUUUGUAUUAGCUCUGGGAGUCUAGCUUAGUGUUUGUCGGUGACAGUCAGGUCAGCUUUGAAAUUCAGUUGAUAUUAUUUCCAUAUUUAGGAA